AUGGAAGAUGAAGCUGUUGCUCGUGUGAAAGCUGAAGAAACUCAAGCAAUGAAAGAUGAUGCUCAACGUGAUCUCAAUCAAGCUUUACCAGCUGUUGAAAAAGCCAAUGAAGCUAUCUCACGGUUGAAAAAAGAAUCCAUUGGUGAAGUUCGUACAUUUACUAAACCGCCGCAUAUGGUUGAAGUCGUCAUGCAAGCUGUUUGUAUUAUGUUCGAAAAGAAAAAAGAUUGGCCAUCAGCCAAACUUUUACUUGGUGAAUCAGAUCUUAUUAAUCAAAUUCGUAAUUAUCCAAAAGAUAAUAUUCCUGAAUCCGUUCUACGCGAUUUAAAACCUUAUUUGCAAAUGUCAAAUUUUAAUUAUAAAGAUAUUCUACAAAGUUCUGUUGCAUGUGCCAGUCUCGCUGAAUGGGUUAUAGCCAUGGAUAUGUAUGCUAAAAUUUCUAAAGAAGUUGAACCGAAACGUAAACGUGUUGCAGCAGCUGAAGCUGAUUUACGCUCUGUUACAGAGCAAUUGAAAAAGAAACAACUACAAUUGCAACAGGUUGAAUCUAAAAUAAAAGAACUUCAAGAAUCCUAUGAUCAUCAAGUUGCUGAAAAGAAAAAACUUGAAAUAUCGAUUAUGCAAACACAAUCACGUUUAAAACGUGCAUCGAAAUUAACAACCGCUCUUGCAGAUGAACAAAUACGUUGGAAAGAAAAUGUUACUGAAUUUAAUGAACAAAUGAAAACUGUUACUGGUAAUGUAUUUGUCUCGUCGGCAUGUGUUGCUUAUUAUGGAGCUUUUCCAUCAUCAUAUCGACUGGAACUUGUUGAAAAUUGGGUAGAAGGAUGUAAAGAACAUAAAAUACCUGUAUCCGAUAAUCCAUCAAUUAUCAAUGUACUUGCUGAUGCUUUCUCGAUUCGUCAAUGGGUUACACAAGGUUUACCACGAGAUGAUUUCAGUACAGAAAAUGCUAUCCUUGUGACGAAAGGUCGCCGAUGGCCUUUAAUUAUUGACCCGCAAGAACAAGCAAAUCGUUGGAUUAAAAAUAAAGAAAAGGAAAAUGCAUUAAAAAUUAUUAAAAUGACUGAUGGACACUUUUUACGUAUAUUGGAAAAUUGUGUUCGUAUAGGUAUGCCAUUGCUACUAGAAGAUGUUGGCGAAACACUUGAUCCAGCAUUAGAACCUAUUCUACUUAAACAAACAUUCAUGUCGGGUGGCCGAUUAUUAAUUCGUCUUGGUGAUUCGGACAUUGAAUAUGAUAGUAAUUUUAAAUUUUAUAUGACAACAAAAUUAAGCAAUCCACAUUACUUACCAGAAAUUUGUAUUAAAGUAACAAUUAUUAAUUUCAGUGUUACAAAACAAGGUUUAGAAGAUCAAAUUCUAAGUGACGUUGUUCGACUUGAACGGCCUGAUCUCGAUGAAGAAAUGAAUCGUCUCAUUGUUACAAUGAACAAUGAUCGAAAUCAAUUGAAAGCGAUUGAAGAUAAAAUUCUUAAAAUGCUAUUUGAAAGUGAAGGAAACAUUCUUGAUAAUGAAGAAUUAGUUAAUUCACUUAAUGAUUCAAAGGUAACAUCAUCAGCUAUUAAACGUCGUCUUGAAGAAACACUAAAAACAGAAGCAAAUAUUUCCGCUGCACGUGAAAAAUAUCGUCAAGCAGCUACACGUGGUUCACUAUUAUACUUUGUUGUAGCUGACUUAGGUUUAAUUGAUCCUAUGUAUCAAUUUUCUUUACGUUAUUUUACACAAUUAUUUAAUGCAACCAUUGAAAAUAGUACCAAGAGUGAAGAUCUUAAUCAACGUUUACAAAUUAUUCUUGAUUCUACAACUGAGAAUAUUUAUACAAAUGUAUCCCGUGGUCUAUUCGAAAAAGAUAAACUUAUAUUUAGUUUUCUUCUCUGUGCUGAAAUCUUAAAAUUAGAAGGAGCUAUUAACGACAUUGAAUGGAACUUUUUACUUCGUGGUGGUUUAGUAACUGAAGAAAAACGACCACCGAAACCAAAUCAUGAUUGGUUAUCUCUCGAACAUUGGAAUCAAGCAUUAUUCUUAGCUGGAGUAUGCGAUGUAUUUAAAACUUUACCUCAUGAUAUUGAACAUUAUCAACAACCAAUUUAUGUACAAAUAAAUCCAGAAUUACGUAUUGUUAUCAGUAGUAAUGAUAUAACAACGAAUGUUCCAAGUGGUUAUAAUACAAAAUUAUCUGAUUUUCAAAAAUUAUUAUUCGUUAAAGCAUUUGCACCAUAUUCACUUGUGCAAUCGAUCACAUAUUUUGUUGCGCAACAAUUAGGAAAGAAAUUCGUCGAGAGUCCAUCAGUUGAAUUACCUGUUCUUUAUCAAGAUAUGUCAAAUCGCACAGCAUUAGUAUUUAUUUUAAGUACGGGCUCUGAUCCAAUGUCAAGUUUUUCGAGAUUCGCGGCUGAAAUGAACAUGACGGCCAGUUACAAAGCAAUAUCUCUUGGUCAAGGUCAGGGUCCUGUUGCUGAAGAUAUGAUUUCAAAAUCUGUUGUUGCUGGUGAAUGGGUAUUCUUACAAAAUUGUCAUUUAGCUGCAAGUUGGAUGAUAAAUAUGGAAUCGAUUGUCAAAAAUAUUAACGAAGGUGUAACGCCAUGCCACAAUAAUUUCCGUCUAUUUCUAAGUUCGAUGCCAGCAAACACUUUUCCAGUUAGUGUUUUACAGAAUAGCGUCAAAGUAACAAGUGAACCACCAAAAGGUAUACGUGCAAAUAUGAAACGUGCUUUUAUUGACCUUACGCCAACAUUUUUUGAAACACAUCGUUUGGAAAUGGAUUGGAAAAAGAUUGUGUUCGGUAUUUGUUUCUUUCAUGCAAGUUUAUUAGAGCGAAAGAAAUUUGGUGCAUUAGGUUUUAAUAUUCGUUAUGAAUUUAAUGAUAGUGAUCGUGAAUGUGCUUUACUAAACUUCGAUAUGUUCUGUAAAGAUGGCGCUGUUCCAUGGGAUGCAUUAAUCUAUAUUACUGGGGAAAUCACAUAUGGUGGUCGUGUAACAGACUUCUGGGAUCAACGAUGUCUACGUACUAUUUUACGACGAUUCUUUUCGCCUGAUACAUUAUUACCAAAUUAUAAAUAUUCUCCGUCAGGCACUUAUUAUUGCCCUGAACAAAAAUUCCUUCAACAAUAUCGUGACUAUAUCGAACAGUUGCCAAUCAAUGAUAACCCGGAAAUAUUUGGAAUGAAUCCAAAUGCAAAUAUUACAUUUCAAACACAAGAAUCGAAUUAUCUUGUUAAUACAAUUAUUGAUAUUCAACCGCGUGUAUCAUCUGGUGGUGCUGGCAAAUCCAAUGAUGAAAUUGUCUAUGAAUUAGCAGAAGCAAUCUUAGCUAAAUUACCUGAAAAACUAGAUAUCGAAAAAGCACCACGAUCAUUAUUUGAACCAGAUUCAAAAGAACGUUUGAAUUCCCUAACAACUGUUCUCCAACAAGAAGUUGAUCGUUAUAAUCGUCUUUUAAAUAUUAUUAAACUAUCACUAGCUAAUCAAAUGAAAGCAAUCAAAGGUUUAGUAGUUAUGGAUGACACACUAGAAAAAAUGUACACUGCUUUUCUCAAUAAUCAAGUGCCUGCUAUUUGGACUGAGGCUGCAUAUCCAUCAUUAAAAUCGCUAUCAUCAUGGAUUAAAGAUUUAUUAUUACGUUGUGAUUUUAUGGCGCUUUGGCUUCUUCACGGUUUACCAAAAUCAUAUUGGCUACCGGGUCUAUUCUUUCCACAAGGUUUUCUAACAGGCGUUCUACAAGUUCAUGCCCGUAAAUACGAUUUACCUAUCGAUGAGUUAAGCUUCCAUUUUACUGUGUUACCUUAUGAACGUGACCAUGUCUCGUACAAUGAACUAGUUAAACGUUUAGAAUACGGAAAAAAACUUGAUAUUGAUGAACAACUGCCACAAGUUCAAGAUGGUGUUAUUCUGCAUGGCUUAUAUACGGAAGCGUUCCGUUGGGAUAAUCAACGAAAACAAAUCACUGAUGCUAUUCGUGGUGAAAUGAUAGCAACAUUACCAAUGUUACAUAUGGAACCGAGACAAAAUUAUGUUGUAGAUCCUACACAAUAUAUUUCACCAUUAUAUAAAACAGCAGCACGAGCGGGUGUUCUAUCUACAACAGGUCAUUCAACGAACUUUGUCGUAACAGUAAAUUUACCAACUGAUAAACCACAAGAUUAUUGGAUAUCGAUGGGCAGUGCAUUGCUCUGCCAAGUAUCGGACUGA